AUGGCCUCAGCCCGGCCCAGACCCCCAGGCCUCUCAGACCCUUGGAACAGCCCUGUUUACCUUCCAGGUAAGGGGGCAAAUCACAAGCUUCCCGUGCGACAACAACCCGGAAAACCUCCCCAAGACCGAGAAGUUGCUUCUAAAACUACCAGGCAAUACCAGCUCACUCACGCCGUCAGUCUAAGUAAAGAUGGUAAACUGACUCGAGAGUACAAACCUCUUGGCUUGGAUCCCCGGAGGCUCCACGCCUGCCCGAGCGGCGCGGCCACCUCGCAGGGGGGACGUCCUGACCUCACCCCACCCCAGCCCACCCCUCCCCUCCGCCCCAGAGCGCCCAGUGCUAAUGGACAAGCCACUGGUGCAGCCCAUCCCCGAGCGCCUCGUCCCUCUCCCGCCCACGCGCUUCCCGCCUACCAGGGACGAGGACGCCAGGGACCCGAAUCUCGGGCAGCGUCGCUGCCAGCGGCGCUGGGGCUGCGAAACAUAAUAGGAUACAGUGGCCUUCUGAGAAGCUCAGCUGAUUACCUCAUGAAAAUAGAGGUUGGAGAAGUUGGGAUGUUGGAUACAAAAGGCAACAAAUUACAUCACAAAAUGAUUCUGGAAUCCGUACAACUGACUACUCUCCUGCACAUGGGCAAAUCCUUUUCCCUCUCAACCAAUCAAGUUAAUCCUACUUCCCAGGCCAGUGACUAGUUUACAAACGGGCAGAUGGCAUAAUUCUAGCCAAUGAGACACAAUGUCCCGGUGUGGUCGUGGUGCUCGGAAAAGAUGUGCAUUGGAAGAAAGUUAUUUCUGUUCUUCGUCUAAUGAGGCUGUUUCUACAUGUACACCUCCUGUAACAGCCCAGCCAUCUUGGCACUGUGAAGGGAGCUGGAAGAAAGAUGGAAACAACAGUAUCAAUGUUGAGUUGAAGAAUUAAUGAAGUCUAAAGUUUCUACCUCUGGACUCGUUAUAGGAAAUAAAUUUUCCUUAUUGUUUAAGCCA